UUAAACGCGAGCGGCAGGGAAUGGUAAAACUGAACCGAGUAGCGUUAAAAGACGUAGUUGGGCUAAAACUGACCCCGCGGCGGAGACGACUUCCGAAGUCACUGAACAAAGUUCCUGCUGACAUCAGAAAACAAGAGGAAAACUUAGUUUCUGCACAGCUAAUGUCAGAGGAAGAUACCGUCUCACCUCCAAGCAGGAGUGACCGCGAGCAAACCUUAACACGCAGUGUGGGCUCCGAAAAUGGAACCCAUACGUCGAGUAUCCACGACGGAGGAGAGCCGGUGGAGAAAAUUGAGAGUAAAACGUACCCUGAGUCACGCAGAGGCAAUAAACAAGACGGGCCGAACACUAGAGGCAAGUAUCAACAGGGAAAACCAAACAGCAGCUGCAAACGCAGGGCGGACCCGUUCAGAGAGGUGUCCAACCUAAGGCUGCGGUUUACGUGGUGCGUUUGCACAGAUUUAGACAGCACGCGGUUUAGGCGGAAAGGGGUCCGCAGCGGAAUGAAACCGCGAAGUGAGCUCUCCCCACUCCCAUAUCAGAUGAAACUGACAGGCGAGACAGCUCUGGUCACAAGGAAGAGAAGAGAGGGGAAGAGACAGGUCAGUUUAAAGUCAGGUAGAUGUAAAUUUAGACAGCGGGACGUUAACCGUAAAAGUGGUGCGGCCCGCCCUGCUAAAGGCGUGAGGGACCGAGGUAGAGAGGGACAGAGCUCCGUGAAGACCCAGUCCGUCGGGUGUGAUCUUCAGCCCGCCGCCGCUGCAAACACUGGACAAGUGCGAAGUGCGGCACCCCGCCGACUGUCAAACGUCGAUAUACAUACACACCCAAACCCGUCUGGACUCACUGGUUCUGAAGUGUUAUUGAGAAGAGCUGUCGGAGCCUCCCACUGUGGUCUCUGUGGGGAAUGUAAAUACACUUCCCCUCAGCGGAAGGUGCUGGGUAAACAAGGGCCCAAAAGAGAUAGCCCAGGGUCAGAGCCACCUGCUGCUAAGUCAGAAAUUGAGAAAGAAAACGCAAUCACUCAGACCUCUAAGAAGAUUAUCGAAUGGAUAAACCAGUACCCCAGAGUGAUGCUUUGUGACGUAGCCAAAAAAUGUGAAGCUUGCAGUCACAAUUGUGGGUAUGUGUUGCCUGAUUUUCUCAAGAAUGAGGUUGUGCAUUGCUUCCAACAGGAGAUGAGAGCUUCGUUCCGGUUUUGGCCUACUUGUUUAGGGCAUGACAAAUCAGAAAAUGAGAAAAAGGCUGUGGUUAAAAAUAGCAAGUGUUCUCAGAGUGUUCAGCAUGAACAAAGUCUUACCCACCAGAACCACCUGGAAGAAGCCCCGCAUUCACAGACAGUAUCCUGUCAUGCCAUGUGUCGUUUCCACCCAAGUUGGACGGAUGAAGACUCUGCAACGUGUUCUGCUUCUUUUUUACUAGAUGAGCAUACAAACACAGGCGAAUGUGGAACUGGUAUGUGUGACAGAGAUGCUGAAGAGGACCUUGGUCCAGGAUCUGAUCCUAUAAGCACAGAAACUUGUAGAGAAAAAGGAAUGAAGUUAGGUGAUAGCACUGAGUGUAGCAGCACUUUAGAGUCCGCUCCCAAACAUAACUGUACCGCAUCAUGUGGUCAGAAGGGCGAUCCCACAAAAACUGAUGGAUCACACAUGCCAUCAGACCUCAUCUGUCACAUUAGUGAUGAGGAGACAGAUGAACCAGAGUCGUACACUUGCCAGAGAGUCAGGGUCUAUUUCAGAAAAAUACACUUUUCUUGUGCACGCACUUACAUGGCCUGGCCCUUCUUAAAGACUUGUGCAGCAAAUUAUUCUACCCCAGCCUGUUCAGCAGGGCCUAUUGAUCCAUCAGCAAAGGAUAGAAUUGACUCUGGAACAGUAAAUCAAAAUAUGCCAGGUUCAUCCUGUAACCGGUUCAAGGACGUGCUCCCAAAGGGACCUACAGAGAAACGAGAGGAGGAUAGAGAAAGCAUCUCUGCUGAGGGAAAUGAGAAAAGGCGCAGAAAAGACAUGGAGACUUCACUGCUCUUUAUCCAAACUGAAGACUCAGACGCCAGGCUUCAUUCAGCUACGCCAUCAUUUUCCACACCAGCUCAAUGCAGAAGAGAGCAUGGCAGUGAUGAAGCCUCAACCUCAUCUUUGCUAGUUAAUGAACCAGAAAAUGCCAGCUCCAUGUCUACACCUUCAUUCUCAUUGAGUGACUGGGACACUGCCACUACUCUGUCUGCUGCAUCAUCUCCAUUCACACAGGGCAGUGUAAGCAGCCUCUCAGCGACACCGUCUUCUCUCCCACCUUCAUCGCUUAUUCCCCAGAGAGUCAUAGUUGCAGAAAAAACAUUGUUUUCCUUUGAAGAAACCCAAAUAGCUUCUUGCUCUCCUCAUGUUGCUCUGCACAUUUCUGACUCCUCCGUUCAGUCGUGUGAAUCCCCCUCCAUCCUUCCUCAAGAUAAUCACGCAAAUAACGAGGAACUGAUCACAUGGAGGAGCCCCCCCAACCUGGAGCCAUAUUAUAAUACAAGUCCAUUUAAGGGCAACAGUUCAGUGGAUUGUUCUAGCCAGAGCUCUCUUUUGUGCAGCAUCUCCCAGGAACAUUGUGCAGAGUCAGACUCAAAUGAAUUCAUGCUCCCGCCUUUGCUCUCUCCUGUCAGUUCACCACAAUGGCACUUGUGCCGGAGAAGUUUCUCAUGCUACAGCUCGAGCCAUUCAGAUGAGGAAAACAAGGAGGAGGAAAUAAACAACGAAGCCAGCAACUUGCCACAAAAUGAUAAUUGGAAUAAUGAAAAAUCUGAGAAUUGUCAUGAACACCAAGAAUUGGAGGGAAUCUUGUCAUGUUUCACAACUCCUGACGGUACAAGGGAACCUCAGUCUUCUCCCAGAAGUGAUAAAGAUGUGGGUCACAGCAAUGACGAAGAAAGCCAAGAAGAAACUGAUGACGAAGAUGAUGGGGAGCAGGGUAACGGAAGUUCUGAACAAGUUUCCUUACAUCGUGAGAUAAAGACGAGCCCUAGCUCAGAUCCCUCCUCUUCUCCCAACAGUGAUGAUGAGGAUGAUGGAGAAUCACAUUCAGACAGAGAAGAGGGAUCAAGCCCAUCUAAAAUAGCAAGCAGUGAACGGGAUGAAGCAGCCGGUGAUUCUCAGCCUGGUAUUUUGGAUGAGUUAGUAGCUUAUGAACAGGAUAUCUUGCUUGUUGAUGUGAUCCAGGAUGACCCAGAGCUGUUUGACAACCUGCCUGAUCAAAGUUUGCUGAAGCUGGGUCCUACCAGAGUUGCUGAGACUCCUAAAACCAAACCUGCUGCUCUGGUGAAAAUGCCAAGAAUAGAUGGCACAUCACAAGAGUUGGAUCAGAGAUUGACACCAGUUACUGUAGCUUUGCUCUGUGACAGUCCUGAUAUCACAGAAGAGAGUAACAGAAGGCCAUGGAGACCUCAGUCUAGCACCACCUUUACUGGAACACAAACCGACACAUGUCCUGUUGCCACUGAGAAGCAAAGCAAACAUGUGGUUCAAAUUGAUGCCAAUGGCAAUCAUGUAAAUGGUGGCCCAGAAAGCAGGAGCCAGCCCAUUAAGACUGUGAACUCCCCUCAUAACAUCCCCCCACUCAUGUCCAUAGGAUCUGGAGCAUGGAUCACAAACUCAGCAAACAUGACGGAUUUUAGGCGCCAGAAAUCGAAUUCUUACUGCAGGCUGUACUUCAGUGAAUCACUGGCCUGUGGUUUCAAGAUGUGUCGCUUCCAGCAUCUGCCUGUGGAGGGGGAUGAGAAGUUCUGUAUUGAAACCGUGACAAGAUUCACCAAAAAUCCAAUGUGCCUUCAGAAAGCAGGAGCUGUGUUUACAGGAUAUUACCAGAAAAACCCACCAGGAGCGUAUUUCUCCCUGCCGACGCUUUUCUCCCUCCUCUGGGCUCUGCUCAAGGCUGGCAUGGUGUCUGACGUCUUCUCUGUCCUCAGUGUCAGCUUGGCUCACAACAUAGUGCCCAGCCAUGAGUUCCUCCUUGCCCUUUUUAACUGUGUGAGAGAAAAGGGUCUCAUGGGCUUUGUACCUGAACUCAUGCAGCUCACGUUCAAGAUGGCCAAUGCUGGACUAGAACUGAGUUUGGACUGUCUCGACUGUAUCAAAAACACUCCUCUUUUCCAACAAAUGGUUCAUCCAAACUCACCUUCAGUGCCUGGCAACAACAAGUUAUCCAGUGGUGCACCGUUUCCAGAGUACCUGAAUUUGGCUCAUUCCAUUGUGGAAAUGGAGCUUUGUAUGAAACAAGAGGACUGGAGGUGGAUGGGUGAGGUUUUUAGAGCCAUCUGCAAGUCCAGUCAGCAUCUCAACCAAGUGGAGCACAUCAGUGGGCGCAUUGCUGUCGCACUCCUGUCUGAGAGCAAAGACAAGCUGUCACUGCCCUUUUCUGUCUUUGCUGAGACAGUGUGUCAGAAUGAAAGUGAGGACAGCAUGAUCAGGAGUUUUGUAGGCAGAAUUGGAGUCUCUCUGAUGUUACGAUACCACAAAACGCAUCAGUGGGCCAAGGGGCGCAGGGUGGUAGAGACGCUGUCUGUUUUAAAAGUCAGCUACUCAACUCUGAAAGGUCUGUUUGGGAAUGAGGAUGGAGCGUCACGAUGUUGCCUGGUCACUGUGGCCGCAGAGCUUUUCCUCCUGAGUGGCAGCGUAGAGGGCGCUCUGAACACACUUCGAGAGAACACGUGGUUCCUGAGUUCGUGCUCGUGGCCGUGUGAGCCUGCCGACCUGGAGAGUAGGACUCGUGUGUUGCUGUGUCUGGCUGAGAAAACCUCACACCGAGACACGCUGGAGGUUCUCAGUAAUCUUCCUGGAGUUAAAGAGUCAAAUGACUUGAUGGAUAUAUCCAGGUACAACCCUUUAUUUAACUCUCACCUGCAAGUGUGUGUGGACAGGCACAUGCUUCCUGUGGCUGCGGACACAGUGGACUUUAUGCUCUCUAAAAACCUGGCUGUUGAACACUCAGUGCUCCAGAUACUUUUACACAAACUGGGCAAGCAAAACCUCUGGCUCCGUGCUCGGGAAGUCUUCAGACAUUCUCUGAGUGUGGGCUACUACUCUGGAGUAUCGGCUCCACCUGGUUUCAUGGCACUGAUCGUGCCCUGUCGACUGGGGGAGGUGGAGCUGGCUCUCACCUUUGAGAUGUUCAUCACUGUCAACGCAACAGUCAUUCAACACCUGUCAGAGACCACCCCCUCUCUCACCAUCACUCUCAAAAGGACUCAGAGCUGUGAGAGUGAGUACCUCUCUGCUGGCAGCCGCCUCCUCUCUGCAGCUUGCAUCCCUCAGCCCAAACUAACAGUCCAUUACACAGCGGUCAACUCCGAACAAGAGCAAAUGUUCACACUUGACUUUCCCUCUGCUCGCCGCUGGCUCCGCCACAAUCAUCUGUGGGCCCACGAGGUGUGGCCACUCUGAACCAAAUAUUUAUUUCUCUGCUGUCCACAGAACUUCUUCGUUUUCCUUCAGAAACUGCUCGCGUUCAACAGCAGCGGACCCUCAGGAAAACUAAUGAAAUCAGGAAUAUGAAUGUUUCCAUAUUUCUUGGUCACGUUUCAGUUAUAACUUAAACUGAGAAGCAGAAAAGCAUAACUGGAGAUUCACACCAGAACUUUACACUUUGGUUUUGUUUAAUUUUUUGUUCAGACUAGUUUUAAAAUAUGUUACAAGGUCAUUUCCUGAGUUCUUUUAGCUGAUUUGUCACUCUGUGAGAUUUACUCUUUGAAACCACGUCGUCUGUUUCGGAACAGAGUCCAGCAUGUGUUUGUCAGAUCAUUGUUGCACAAUUGUGUUUACUUAAUUGUAAAUAACAUCUGAGUGUAAAUAGGUAUAUAUUUAUAAUGGUGUUUAGUCUUUGACUGUAUUAUGUUAUAUAUGUCAAAAUCUCAAUUGUUGCCAGUUCAGGAGCUGCAGUUUACAUUUUCUUUGUAUGACGUUUUUAUAUAUAAAUAUAUUAAAAAACAGGUUCUGCUAGAAAAAAAAAAAAUCAAAUCUGGCUUUUUUUUUUCUUUUUUCUUUCAAAAAUUCUUUUCAGAAUGAAAGUGUUUCUAUUGGCCUUGAAACGAUGCCAUCGUCUUUACCGAUGUGUCUGGUACUUGUGUGAUGUCACAGCUGCAUUUGGCCACAAUUACUUUCCUGGAGUUUUUACCACGAUCUCUCCAGUGGUGCUAUAUGAACGCAGUGUUACUGGAACCUUAAUUUCUGGCCAUUUUACAAUAUACAGGUAUUACGAAUAAUUUCUGUUCCAGCAGCCUUUUCUAUUUUAAAUUAUUCUUAUUGCAGCCAUUUUCACUUGAUCCCUGUAGUAGCAGUCAGUUUCCUAAUUAUCCUCGAGAAGAAAUCUCAUCUGUGACUGGAACAUGUUUGAGGAGCUUGAUUACUGAAGCGUCAGUCAAGGGGUGAGGCAUCUGGUGCACUGUCUUGGUUAAAAAGCACAACACUUGCUGAUGGACAGGUCUGAUCGUGCGUGAUGCACAGUUGGAUUUAACAUUUGUUGCACAUGUCUUUGUAGUAUUGGUUGAAGUGCUGCUUGUUAAUUUAAGGCCAGUGGUUUCUGCUUCGAUG